GUUUAACUUCUGAGGCCUGAACUAAUAUCUUACUUCAUUAUUUCGUAGUUAAUAUUACUACACCUAAAUUAUGUGGUGCGCAAAACUUGUACCAUAAAAAAAAAUCUGAAUUUAAAUUACAUAAAAGUGAGGAAGCGUUACAUCGAGAAAUAACUGCGUUAAAGUGAAAAAUGGAAAGGUGUGACAAAAAUUUUAUGCAGAAGAUUUACAGGUGCUGAUGAUAGACAGUCUACCUUUAUACAUAAAGUUCUAAGAGACAAGGCUCUCCGACAUGCAGAUUAGAUGAAAGUUGGUGACUCCUUGAGGUGGUCAAGCAUAUCCAAGUAAUCAUACAGAAAUACUAAGUUUAUUUAUGUCAACGGUUAGAGGAGAUGCAUUUGUACAGAAUACUACGCAGAAUGUUCUACCUUAUAUUAAGAUAAAGCUUGCUGUUAUCCCUGCAACUACGGUAUACUGGUCGUCCACAUUCAGGAGAAGCAACUGAAAUACUGCUUUGCAAACGAUAACCAUAACAAAAUAUUAUGUAAUUAUAAUCACAUGGUUAUUCAGUAAUAUACAGAUAAAACCAGGCCAGCUUUUGGAAAUACAUACAGGGCGAAGAACAAUUUGCGCACUCUGACUUUGCGGCGCGAUUCCUCACAUACUGGCAAUAAAUGGACGUUGAAGAUUGGCAGUCUGGUAACACUGUUAUCACAUGUCGGGACUAAUAACUGCAGCAAUGGACCAUCGAAUAACUAUUUGGAUAAAAGAAGAGAGAAAAAAUGACGUAACAAGUACACCAGGAUCCAUGGUCGAGGUAUACCCCUCCAGUGUGAAAAUAAAGGAAGAAUUGCAAGAUUAUGUGAAUGAAGAGUUACUUCAAGAUCCAUUGAAAAUCGUAGAGACUUGUUUCGAUGGGAAGGAGGAUGGAGGAAUGGAACUGAAUGCGAGUCCAUCUGAGCGUAAUAUUGAAGUAUAUGAAGAGUUCAUCAGUACUGAAUAUGAUCCUGUCAGAGUUAAGAAAGAGGAGGAUUCGGCAUCUGAGAAUGAUUGUCUCGAUGAAUGUGACCCAUUGAGCAUGGCAGAUUAUCAGGAGGAAGCAUCGGAAGGAAGCGUACCAGGCAGUAUACGAUUGAUUAAAACCACUGGUGAAGAAACAUGUCUGCAGGGAGCGACUGCUGAUGACCUGGACAUUGCUGCAGAGAGAUCAGCAUGUUCUGUAGGAAUUAGAACACUGAGGCAAGUUUCUUCCUCUCAGGAGCAAAUUGCCUUUUGCUCUAGUAAUAAUUACAAUUUUGAGGAAAAUGUCUUCACAUGUAGUUCAUGCCAGCAGUCGUUUUCAUCAAAAUACAGUCUCACAAUGCAUGUAUUCAUUCACAUUGAUGGAGUAGAGCCACCUGAGAAUAUCUGUAUGUGGUGUGGCAAAGUAUUCACCUCCCAUGACAGCCUCAGCAAGCAUUCUGUGGUGCAGAAGGUGAAAAGUCAAGGGAAAUGUGAUCAACAAAGCACUCUUUCUGAUGAAUAUGAUAGUCUCCAGUUCUGUGAAGUAGUGUCCACUGCCAAGACACCACACACAUUUGAGUUUUGUGAGGAGCCGUUCACUCCAUCUGCUCAAGCCAAUAAAAAUAUAUUAGCAUACACUGUCGAGAGGCCAUAUAAAUGUUCUGUCUGUGGGAAGUCUUUCACUGCGUCUGGUUCUCUCAAGAAACAUAUCUUACUACACACUGGUGAAAGACGUCACAAAUGUGAUUUUUGUGGUAAAUCUUUUACACGGGUUGAUUGUCUGAAGACACAUGAAUUAACACAUGGCGAAAAAACGCACAAAUGCGAAAUCUGUGGAAAAGCCUUUACUCAGUCUGGUCACCUCAAGAAGCAUGAAUUAAUACAUACUGGCGUAAAACGACACAAAUGUGGUGUCUGUGGAAAAUCCUUCACGGAGUCUGGUACUCUCAAGAAACAUGUAUUAACACAUACUAGCGAGAGACCACACAAAUGUGUUGUCUGUGGGAAAGCUUUCAUUCAGUCUAGUAGCCUCAAGAAGCAUUCAGUACUACAUACUGGCGAGAGUCGACACAAAUGUGACGUGUGUGGUAAAGCCUUCCAUUACUUUUACCAUCUCAAGCACCAUGCAUUAACACACACUGGUCUGAAACCACAUAAAUGUGACAUCUGUGGUAAAUCGUUCACAGAGUCUAGCAGUCUCAAAAAGCACGAGUUGAUUCAUACUGGCGAGAGACCACACAAAUGUGUUUGUGGGAAAUCUUUCACUGAGGCACGUCAUCUUAAGCAGCAUUUAUUAACACAUAAUGGCUUGAGGCCAUACAAAUGUGACAUUUGUGGAAAAGCCUUUAAUCACUUGUAUGUUCUCAAUAGGCAUGUGUUAAUACAUGUUGGCGAGGGAGCACAUAAGUGUGAUGUCUGUGGGAAAUCCUUUAGACAGUCUAGUAAUCUCAAGAGGCACGCUAUAAUUCAUACUGGUAAAAGGGCACAUAAAUGAGAUGUAUGUGGGUCAGCUGUUAUUCCAUCUAAUGGUUUCAAAGGCACACAUUAAUAGACACUGAUGAGAGACCAAACGAAACUGGCACCUGUGCAAAUGCCUUUCCCUUACUGGUUAUCUUGGGAAGCAUGCUGUAAUAAAUAAUUACAUGACAUUAUAUAAAUCUGAUAACCAUAGGGAAUGAAAUAGGUGUUAUUGAUGAUAUUAAUAAAAAAAAACAUUCUUUUAUGAGAUUCGUUUCCUGUAUGAAUUAAUGCCUAAAUUGCCCGAAAUAAGUAGUAUAUGUUGGAGAAGUGCUGUGGUUCUAAGACUGUUAGCUGCAGUGUCAGAUUUCUUACAGCUAAUAUUAGGUUAGGUCAAUAGAUCAGUUAAUGUGCGGGGUGUAUUACAGAGUUAAGAGUGAAUCGAUUAGCACGGCUAGCAUUUUGUUUGAAAGUAAUAGUCUGCAUGGUGUAGAGGAGAAAUGUGAAUACUGUGAAAGAUAUUUCUUUGGAGACAUUUAAAGGCUACAGAUUUGUGUUUAGUUAACAAUAUUUACACAAAUGAACAUUUAUCAUCUUACUUGUGUAAAUGUGCAGAUAUUGUAAAAAACAAAGAAUAAGAAUCGUGUAAAAACUAUUUUGGUGAAAGAAGGCAUUUAAAAUUGUGUAUCUGUAUGUAUUAAGUAUUUGUUUCAUAUCUGCAAAAUUAUGCUGACCCCUUGAAAGUUAACAAUAUAUUUAUACCAGAUUUUUCAGUUCUUUUAAAUAGGGUGAUUUAUUAGGCUGUACUCUAGUAAUAUAGUUUUUCAUAUUCAGAAGAAAAAUUCAUUCUCAGAUGUUCAUUUGAGGUAUUUUUUAAAAUAUCAUUGAAGCAGCCUGAAUGGUAUCUGUAAUUUAGUUCAUGGACCAGAUAUAAUGCAGAUGCAUCUUUUAUGAAGGUGUGGAUGAUGUAGCCAACUUGCAUAUUUUGUGAAAUUGAAUUCAUUCUUUGAGUUUGUAGGUAUGUUUACAAUAUUUAACAUAUUUUAUCAGUCCCCUGUGAAAUAUUGUGUCAUUACUUAUGUAUGUUAUGAACUGCAAUUAAAUUAUUUUCAUGUAUUUGUAA